GUUGUUGUUGUUGCCGCCAGUGAUCUGACAUCACUGCACAGGUUUUGCACCUGGAGAAAGAAAAAAAAAAAACCUCCAACAUUAGGGUGUCUGAUCGCGACCCUUUACCUCCUCCCCUGCAGGGAGUUGAUCCAUUGAUCGGAUCGUCGCUGGGCUGUUCUAGCUGAUAGAAGGAGGGUGAAAAGAAAGAAGAAAAAGCAGUGUAGUAGUGUGUGUUUGUGUGUUUGUGUGUGUGUGAGAGAAAAUAGAAGCGAUGUCGGGCCAGUCUAUCACGGAUCGGAUCGCAGCAGCACAGCACAGCAUGACCGGGUCGGCCAUCAGCAAGGCUGUGUGCAAAGCCACCACACAUGAAGUCAGCGGACCCAAGAAGAAACACCUUGACUAUCUGAUCCACUGCACCAACGAGAUGAACGUGAACAUUCCCCAGCUGGCGGACACGCUGUUCGAACGCACGGCCAACUCCAGCUGGGUGGUGGUCUUCAAAGCCCUCAUCACCACCCACCACCUCAUGAUGUAUGGCAACGAGCGUUUCACCCAGUACCUGGCCUCCAGAAACACUCUGUUUAACCUGCACAACUUCCUGGAUAAGGGAGCUCUGCAAGGUUACGACAUGUCAACCUUCAUCAGACGAUACAGCCGUUACCUGAACGAGAAGGCCAUGUCCUACAGACUGGUGGCUGUGGAUUUCACCAAGAUGAAGAGGGGGAUUGACGGCGUGAUGCGUACCAUGAACACAGAGAAGCUGAUUAAGACGCUGCCCAUCAUUCAGAACCAGCUGGAUGCUCUCUUGGAUUUCCAGGCCAACCCUAAUGAGCUGACCAACGGAGUGAUCAACUCAGCCUUCAUGCUGCUCUUCAAAGACUCCAUAAGGCUGUUUGCCGCUUACAAUGAAGGGGUCAUCAACCUAUUGGAGAAAUACUUUGACAUGAAGAAGAACCAGUGCAAAGAUGCUCUGGACAUCUACAAGAAAUUUCUUUACAGGAUGACGAAGCUGUCAGAGUUCCUCAAAGUGGCCGAGCAAGUUGGAAUAGAUCAGGGUGACAUCCCAGAUCUCUCACAGAAAACAAAAGGAUCAUACAUUGCCCCCAGCAGCCUCCUGGAGGCACUGGAGCAGCACCUGGCUUCUCUGGAGGGCAAGAAGACCAAGGAACUGAAUGCAGACACCAGAGCAUCCACCCUGUCCAGCGCCGUCUCUUCUCUCUCCUCCACCGGCAUGUCCUUCAGCCGCAUGGACGAGAAGGAGAAGCAGCAGGCCUUGGAGGAGGAACAGGCCAGACUGCAGGCUCUUAAGGACCAGCGCCUGAAGGAAAUCAGCAUGCAGACUCCACCCUCUGCCUCCCCCAGCAGCCAGUCGAUAGGCAGCGCCAACAACAACCACAUCACACAGACCCCAGAGUUGUUCACUUCCACGCUGUCUGCCAACAGUGUGCCAAAUCUGAACAGUGACCUGUUUGAUCUUCAGCCGGCCUUCAUCCCCGCUGUGCAGAGCAAUCCUUCAAUCUCCACCGCCAACAGUGCCUGGGGAGGAAUGGAGAACCAGCUUCUGCAGCAGACCACCCCAGCCAUGACUGUAGAUUUCGAUGCUGUGUUUGGGAAUAAGGCCACGCCCAGUAACAACGGCCCACAACCUGCAGCCGGUUUUGAUGCUCUAGGCGACCUGUUGAAGCCUACAAUGCCCACACACAAUGCACCUCCUCCUCCUCUUCCUCAAAUGGCCAUCCAUCCUGGAGGAAAGCUGCUAGCCAACGACCUCGACUCCUCUCUGGCCAACCUCGUGGGCAAUCUGCAGUUCGGUGGGACCCCAGCCAAAAAGCCAGACAUGCAUUGGAGCCAGCCUGGAGAGAAGAAGCUGACGGGAGGCCAGAACUGGCAGAAUAAGACCAUGACGACCACACAGUGGAGCCCCGCGCCCAUGGCCCCACAGCCCAUGCCUGUACAACACGUGAAUGGAAUGUUCUAUACUAGUUAUGUAAGUACUUAUCCCUGUUUAGUAAAACAAGUCUUACCGAGCUGCUCAAUGCCUUUUGUAAUGUGCUUCCAACCUCCCUCUCUCUCUGUCUUUUGCUACAUCUCUGUCUGUCACCUCUUUUCUUUCUUGCACUCUUUGAAGACACUUGUUUUAAAAGACCUCAGUGUUAUUUUUUCUUGCCCACUUUCCGCAAAUAACCCUCUCACCUCUGCUACAGCCUUAUGAUCAGUACUAGUAAACUGUCUGAUACCAGGAAGUCAGAACAGGGUGCUACUUUUCACCUGCUCCCCUACUGCUUCCCUUUGACAGCCUCUCUUUGAGAUCAAGUUUUGCCUCUAGUACGUCUCCCUUAAAACUGUACGUCUGGUGAUAUUCUGUAUUUUUCUUUUUGUCAGCAAAUUUCAAAUGAGUUGAUCCUAAUAACAAGGUUUGCCUGUGGAUCCAAAGGCUGUUCUUCUGUGCCAUAGAGCUCCAUAUUUGUCCAAAAAUCUAUUAAAAAAACAUCAGUGACCCUUGCAUGUUUGACUAUACUCGCACACUGCACACUGCAGUUGAUCUUCAGUCAGUGCCCCAAAUGUUGUAAAUAUUCACUAGAGCCCCAAAACAACAGCGGAAAUGAUCCCCAACAAAUCCCUUGUUUAGUGCCAUUUGAGUUCCAUUUGCUAAAAACUACAAUUCCCAGAUGUCUAAGGAAGUUGCUGAAUUUUAAAGAUUUACAUCUGUAGUAGGAGCGAGUGUGCUUGGGCUCGAGUGCCACAGACAAGUUAGGGAGCUCAGGCAGUACUGAGCGACAGACUAACACAUUGUUGGGUUUUGUUGACAACAAGAAAAAGACAGAACUUCACCAGCUUUAUCCUUAGACCCAGCGGCAUGUGCAGACAGACUCUAUAAUAUGAUUCAUGGUCUGUGUCAAGACUUGUGAAACUAAUGCUAAAGCAUCUACUUUUUUAGACGUUAUUGACUCUGGCUAACAAGAGCAGGAAGCAAAAACAGGAAUGGCCUAUUGGGAUUAAUUCAGUAGCACAAUAAAAAAAAA